AUGGGCCUGACCGCUGCGGUCGCGGGAGGGGACCCCGCGAGCAAAACCGCCCCGCCGGGAUGCCCGCGGGCGCUGUCCGCGCGAUGGUGCCACAGGGGCGCGACGGCCAUGGCGAGGAUGAAGGGCCGCACGGGGGGCCGGAGGGCGUCCGCGGCGCCGAAGCAGAGGUGUUUGGGCUGGGUGCUGAAGAAGAGCAUCGUUGGUCAGCCCGUGCUCAUGCCAUCGUUCCGCUCUUCAACUGCUCGCCCCCUCAUCGCCAUCAGCUAUCACCAAAAGAGGCCUUCCCUGAUAGUGUGUGCAACGCUGGUCGCAGCGGAAGAUGCACAGUCCUUUCUGGACGCAGAAAUCCCCCAGCAUCCUGACAUGGUUGUUGGCGAACUGAAGAAUGGCAUGCGGUACGUCCUGUUCCCCAACAAGACGCCUCCAAAUCGCUUUGAGGCCCAUCUUGAGGUCCAUGCAGGCAGCGUCGACGAGACGAAAGAGCAGCAGGGGUUGGCGCACCUUGUGGAACAUGUCACCUUCCUGGGCAGCCGCAAGAGAGAGGGGCUGCUGGGGACUGGGGCACGAUCCAAUGCAUACACAGAUUUUCACCACACUGUGUUCCAUGUGCACUCUCCGUUGGUGAACGCCUCCACUGGCCAGCGCAUGCUUCCACAGGUGCUCGAUGCAUUGGAGGAAAUUGCAUUUGAACCGCAGUUUCUUUACAGCCGAAUAGAGAAGGAGCGCAGGGCUGUGCUUUCGGAGGCCCAGAUGAUGAACACUAUAGAGUACCGUGUGGACUGCCAGCUGCUGAAAUACUUGCACAAAGAGAAUGCCCUUGGGAGGCGCUUCCCCAUCGGCAAGACUGACCAGAUCAAGACUUGGACUGGAGACAUGCUCAAGGAUUACUGGCGAAAGUGGUAUUUUCCUGCCAACACUACCCUGUAUGUGGUGGGAGAGUUGGAUGGGGGUGUGGAGGGGGUGAAGACACUGAUUGAAGAGACAUUUGGAAAUGUGCCACCUGCGGAGGAGGUAGCCCCACUGCAGCCCGCUGGAGAGUCAUCAGGUGGAAAUGGGUCCAAUGGUGCCUCAGCUCUAGUGGCCGAUCCCUCAAGGCGGCGGCACAAGAUAAGGCCGCCUGUUGAGCACAAGAUGGGGUGCUUUGAAUUGGCCGAUGACGAAGAGCCUGCGAAAGUGGACAUUUUCAAACACCCCUUGCUGCAGCACUUCAUGCUGUCUGUGUUCUGCAAGCUGCCAGUGCAGCCCAUCACCAAGGAAGGAGGCCUUCAGUACCUAUUGAUGUUGCGGACAAUCCUCUCUGUGCUACAGUUUAGAAUAAAUGCCCGAUAUAGCCAGCAGGAUCCCCCUUUCAUGGGCAUCGAAAUCGAUAUCUCAGACUCUGGACGUGAGGGCUGCUGUGUCUCAACCUUGACGAUAACCUCAGAACCCUGCGACUGGCGCGGAGCUGUCAGAGUUGCCCUGGAGGAAGUACGUCGGCUGCAGAGGCAUGGUGUGAAGCCAGGAGAGCUUGAGAGAUACAAGGAUGCUUUGCUGAGGGACAGCGAACAGGCAGCAGACCUGACGGACAGCAUUCCAAGCAUCGAUGGAUUGGACUUUUUGAUGGAGAGCCUGGCACUUGGGCACAUUGUGAUGGACCAGAGGGCCCAGCAUGCUGUUGUGGUCAAGGCUGCGGAGCAUAUCAAGCUGGAGGAAGUCAAUGGACUGGCGCGGUCCCUUCUUUCAUUUGCUUCAGACUAUGGUAGAGAAAGGGAGGUGCUGGCUGAGGCUGCUUUGAAUCCUGAUGAGUGGGUCCAUCCCGGCCCGACCCGUGCAACGUCAAUCGUUGCAUGCGUCCCAGCGUUCAUGGAUGCCAGCGGCAUGAGCACUGGGAGCGGCAUGCCCAUGCAGCGAGGUGCGAGCAUGGCAACCAUGCAGCAUGUGGAAGUGGAUACAAUGCCAGAUGUAUCUGCCAUGGAUGACGAUGACGACCUCAGCGACUACGUUGUUCCUGACGGAGCAGUUAGAUUUGAGAUUACAGAGCAGGAGAUAGCUGAUGCCCUCAUGGACACAUCCAUAACAGUGGAGGCUGGGGUGGAUGUGGAAGUGCCAGAUGAUUUGGUGUCGGAGGAGGAACUGGCGACUAUCAUAGAUGCACGGCGGCCCAGUUAUGUACCAAUGCCCGGCGCCUCGGCCGAUGACCCCACAACGAGUUUCGAUCCGGCAACCAAAAUCUACCAACGCCGCCUGUCAAACGGCAUCAGGGUCAAUUACGUGCACACAGAUAAUGAGCCCAAGUCGGCGGUGAUGCGGAUGGUUGUGCCAGGGGGGAGGUUCUGCGACAAGCUUGAGAUGGGCCCUGAUGGUUUGGGAGCAAGUGCGAUCGGCACAAGGGCGUUGUCUGAAUCAGGGACUGUAGGCAAGUGGUCCAGGGACCAGACUGAGCUGUUUUGUGUGUCGAGGCUGAUCAACUGCGUCCUGGAGCCGAGUGAAGAAUUUCUGGUGAUGGACUUCAACUUCCCUGUGGGCGGGGGAGGUUUGAAGGCGGUCCUGCAGGUCUUGCACCUCUUCCUGGGGGACCCCAAGUGGGAGGAGUCUUCAGCAGCGAGGGCAAAGCAGAUUUAUGCAUCCAGUUUCAGGACGCAACAGAAGAGCCUUGAACAAGCCAGCGUGCGACGCUUGUAUUUGUCAAUGUUUGGGGACGACCAUCGCUUCAUGGAUACUACUCCUGAAGAGAUCGACGCCCUCACUUUGGACGGUAUGGUGGAUGUGGUGUCAAAGCAACUCACCACCCGCGACAUGGAAAUCAACAUCGUUGGGGACAUUGACCCCAAGGACGUUGCUGAUCUUGUGCUCAAGUACAUGGGUACCAUCGAGACGCCAAACCUGCAGCUCCCUGCAGAGAUGCCGAUCGAGUUUGCAUCUCCGCCGAAAGAGCUGCGACAUCAAGUCUGGCACCUUCAGGACUCUGACGAACGUGCAUGUGGGUACAUUGCUGGACCAGCACCCAGCCGAUGGGGCAUGUUUGGAAGCAGCACAUUGCCAACUGGACCACCAGCACGGGUUGUGUCACCCCCACAAGAGCCGGAGGGGCCAUCCAGCAACCCUUUGGCCCAAAGCUUUGCCACAGCCAUCCGCAGAGCCCACCCUCUGUACCCAUCGACGACCCUGGCACUGCUGACGGAGAUAAUCAACUCCAGGCUCUUCACAACAGUGAGAGACCAGCUGGGGUUGACGUACGACGUGUCAUUUGAGCUGUUCCAGUUCGAUCGGAACCCAGGGGGCUGGUUCUCUGUCCAUGUGACCUCUUCUCCACAGAAGAUCCAUGAAGCCGUGAUGGCAUCUGCAGACACUUUGAGAAAUGUUGCCAAACAGACAAUCACUGAGAGGGAAUUGGCACGAGCCAAGCGCACCCUUAUCACAAGACACGAGUCAGAUCUUAGAACGAAUGCCCACUGGCUUGGACUUCUGACACACCUCCAGUCAGAUAAAGUCCCCUUGAAGACAGUAGACUGCCUGCGUGACAUCAAGGCCAUGUACCAAUCUGUGACCAUCAAGGACGUGUUGGAUGCGUACAGCCGCUUUGACUUCCGGCAUGACAGCAUCUGGUCCUGCAUCGGGACCAGUGGUCGAAUGGCCCCGCCCACCCCUACCCCAAAGCCCGCACUGUUGCAGCAAUCCCAACCCCAGACACGUGAGAAUCAGCCUGCCACCGCGGUGGCUUCUGGGUCGGCUGCGCAGGACCAGUCAAGUUUUUGGUCUACCAUGCUGUCAGCAGCGCAGGCUCUCGGAAAGGCACCCAAGAACCCUUCGGUCCAGGAUUUCAACCGACAGGACCCAGAAAACAGCGUUGAGAGUAACACAGCCUGA